AUGCUUUUUCUUCAUAAAAUUGCAUCAGAAAAUGAUAAUAUUAUAAAAUGGGUUUAUAUGAAUAACAAAAAAAGAUCUCUUAAUCAUAUUGUGAGAUAUUUUAUUAAAGAUGGAAAUUUUAUUGAAAUAUAUACAAUUCAUAAUAAAUUAGUUAAUUAUGAAAUGGGAAAAAGUAACAAAAACAACAAGAAAAGAAUGUUAAAAAGUUAUAGACAUAUUCUCUAUAAUACUUUUAAAGAAGCAAAUUUAAAAUCAUUGCCUUUACAUGUUCUUAAAAAGUUAAAUAAUUACGAAUUUUCAUGCAGAAAAAAUGACGAUGAAAUUAAAAUGUUAGAAUCAGUAAUGAAAGAACUAUACUUCAAAAAUAAAACUCCUCAAACCAUGAUAAAUAAAACAAAAAAACGUUAUGGGAAUUCAAAAUAUAUAAAUUAUCCUAGAAAUUUUUUUAAGGAUAUAGUAUAUAAUUUCAUUCCUGAAAAUGCUACUUUGCAAUAUAUUAAGAAAGUUCUUUUUGGAGAUUCUUUGUAUAUAAGUAAAGGUUUUUUAAAUUAUAAUUGUUCAAUAAAAAAUGUUUUAAAGGACAAAUUAAAUAAAAAGACAAAAAGUUGCAUUUAUGUAAAAAAAAACUUGAAAACUAGUUAUACGUAUGUACAAUAUAAAAUUGACAAUAUUGAUAAAAGUACAUUUUUUAAUAUUUUGCGUCAUUAUAAAUACUUAAUUAAAAUAAAAAAUAAAAUGAAUUUAAAAAAAAAAUAUAAACUUAGUGAAAUUUUGGAUUAUACUAAUAAUAUAUAUUUUAAAUUAAAUAAGGAAAUAAAUGAUAAUUCUUUAGUAAAAUAUAUAGAACUUUUAGAUGAUAAUUAUAAAGUAUUUGCAUAUGAUAUAGUAAAAGAAAUUUUAGGUAUAAAUUUUAAUGAACAAAGUCAUAAAAGUGAAAAAAAAAAGUUACAAUUUAUAAAAAAAAAAAAUUACACAACAGAGAGAGAAAAUGAUUUACUUAAAGAAUACGAAGUCAUAAAUAUUAGAGGUUCUGAAAAUGACAUUGAAGAUUUUGAAGGUGGAAGUAUCACUAAGAAUUCUCAUAAUAAUAAAAAUGACAAUGUAUAUUUUGAAUAUGAAAAUAUUAUUGAAGAUUCUCAAAUUAAUAAAAGUAACACUGCAAAUUCUGAAAAUGGAGAUGAUAGAAAAGAUGUUAAAACGAAAUAUGACAGUAUUUCAUUGGAUGAAAGUGGCAGUAAUGAGUUUGUUAUAAACGAAGAUAAAAUAAAGGAAAAAAUUAUGUUUUUUUUUUUAGAUAAAUAUUUUUUCAAUUUUUGUGAAAGUAUAGAGAAAAUAAACAAGGAGUAUUUACGAUCAGCACACACAUUUAAAAAAAAUAAAAAUCAAGAAAUACAACCUACUUCAAGUACAUUCAUUAAUAAAUACACAAAUAAAAUGGAUAAUUUAACUGUUAAUGUAAAUAGUUUAAAAAAUAAUAAUAAUGACAAUAAAAAGGUUAAACUUUCUGUAAAUGGAAAUAAUGAGAAGGGUACCAGAAAUUAUUAUAAAAAAAAAAACCAUAAUAGUAAGCUACGAAAUACUAUGAAAAAUCUCACAAGGAAAGAAAGAAGCAUGAAUAAAUCAUUAGAUAAAAUGUCUCUUUUAAAUAUAGAAAGUAAAUUACAAAAUGAAGAUGAAGAUGAGAAUGAAGAUGAAGACGAAGAUGGAGGUGAAAAUGAAGAUGAAAAUGUAGAUGGAGGUGAAGAUGAAAAUGAAGAUGAUGACGGUAAUGAAAAUAAUGUUGAUUACAAAAAUGGACAUUAUGCUAGCCUAAAAAAAGAUGAAAAUAAUUCAAUAAAAGUAAGAAUAAAUGAAGAAAGUAAAGAUUUCAAUAAUGAUGAAUUAGAUUCUUCUAAUGGUCAAAAUAGCGUUGUACUAAAUCAAUUGAAUGUGUUAAAGGAUAUAACAGAUGAAGUUAAAAAAGAAAAUAACCUUAAAGAUAUUGAUGAAAUAAAUGAAGAAGAUGUUUCAAGUAUUGCUCAAGAAGAAAGAAAGUUAGAUGAAUUUUAUGAAUAUGAAAAGAAAACAUUAAAAAAUAUUCGUAAAAACAAAAAAAAUAUUUAUUCUCUCAUUAAUAAAGAUUUAGAUUUAUUAUUAAAACCAGCUCAGAAAGAAUAUAUAAAAGUUGCAAGAAAUAUAAAAAAUAAAUUAUUACAAGAGUAUGAACAAAUUAUUCAAGAAGAAAUGUUAGAUACAUAA